ACACCCCGGGCUCGUCUGGUGGGACUCUUCAAACGAACCAUGAUCACAAAAAUGGAUGCGCAAAGGAGGAUAAGUGGGUCCCCGAUUAACAGAAAUCGUUUGGCAACCUCAGAAUCUCACCUUCAACCCUGCUGGACUGCUGUAAUUGCAAAGUAAGUGAACACAAAUAUCAAAAAGAACAAGAAAAAGAAAGAACACCAAAGCAGAAAACCAAUUAACCAACCAAGAAAACCAAAAUAAUGGUUGCAGCAACGACAUCAUCUCAACUACUGUUAUCAAACUCCCGCUCUUUGUCUCCUUUUCAGCUACGCGUCUUUGACUCCAAAACCCUUGUGUCAUGCCCCAGCAACAGAAGUAACACUAUCAAGAGAAGGCAUGUUGCUGGCGGGGUCAGGUGCAUGGCUGUGACAGCAUCAGAGGCAGAAACGAAGAAAAGUGGGUUUGAAAUUUAUACACUAACAAGCUGGUUGUUGAAGCAGGAACUAGCGGGUGUUAUAGAUGCAGAGCUUACAAUUGUGAUUUCCAGCAUUUCUAUGGCAUGUAAGCAGAUUGCUUCAUUGGUGCAAAGGGCUAGCAUUUCCAACUUAACUGGUGUUCAAGGCGCUGUCAAUGUUCAAGGAGAGGACCAGAAGAAGCUUGACGUCGUUUCAAAUGAGGUAUUCUCCAACUGCUUGAGAUCAAGUGGAAGGACGGGGAUUAUAGCAUCAGAGGAAGAAGAUGUGCCAGUGGCAGUAGAAGAGAGUUUCUCUGGAAACUAUAUUGUGGUAUUUGACCCACUUGAUGGAUCAUCCAACAUUGAUGCUGCUGUUUCCACAGGUUCCAUUUUUGGAAUAUACAGCCCCAACGAUGAGUGCCUAGCAGAUAUCGGUGAUGAUUCCACUCUUGAUUCAACAAAACAAAGAUGUGUUGUUAACGUGUGCCAACCAGGGAGCAAUCUUCUAGCUGCUGGCUACUGCAUGUACUCAAGCUCUAUAAUCUUCGUGCUUACUUUAGGGAACGGGGUGUUUGCAUUCACCUUGGAUCCCAUGUAUGGUGAAUUCGUCUUAACUCAAGAGAAAAUUCAGAUCCCUAAAGCUGGAAAAAUUUAUGCAUUCAAUGAAGGCAAUUACCAGUUGUGGGAUGACAAGUUGAAGAAGUACAUUGAUGACCUCAAAGACCCUGGUCCUAGUGGCAAGCCUUAUUCUGCUAGAUACAUUGGAAGCUUGGUUGGAGACUUCCACCGCACACUGCUAUAUGGUGGAAUCUAUGGAUACCCCAGAGACAAAAAGAGCAAAAAUGGUAAGCUGAGGCUCUUGUAUGAGUGUGCACCAAUGAGCUUUAUUGUGGAACAAGCUGGUGGGAAAGGAUCUGAUGGACAUCAAAGAAUCCUUGAUAUCCAACCUGUUGAGAUACAUCAACGUGUGCCACUUUAUAUUGGAAGCCAGGAAGAGGUUGAGAAAUUGGAGAAGUAUUUGGCUUGAUUAAGAUGAGAAGUAUAUAUUUUUUUGUUUUAUGAAUAUAGCCAAAUAGAUUAAUUUGCAAUUGAAAAUGGCGAUAAACUCAUGUUUGGAAUAGCUGAUGCCUUUUAAUGAACAAGUGGUGAAAGUUGGUUCUUCCACAACUUCGAGUCUUGAUAUUUGCCCUAAGGAAAUAAAAGUUUAAAGUUAUGUG